CUUUGGAGUAACGUCUCGUAAAGAGUUGUCAUAAGUGGAGGAACAAUCUACACUACUAAUCUUGCCAUAUACAUAGCUGGCUCAGGGCGACCUCCGGCGCACAAGAGAACACGAGAUACCUCUGCUUCUUGACAUCAUAGUCCAUCAUAGUCCAUCAUAGCAUCAUCAUUCGCACACUCAAGCGCGACAAUUUUUAGUUACAGCACAAUUCUCCUUACUGGUGUCCCGUCCUAGCAGAGUGCUGCAAUACGUUCCCUUUCCUUCUUCUGCCCACCGACCAUUUCAUAGAUACUCUCGCAUCCUUUGGUUUCGCGAAUCAGUCUAGAGUCACGGGACAGUUCACUGGUUGCCAAAAGCCCACUUUCGCCAAACAAUCACCAUGUCAGUUGGUGAUGUCAUUGCUGUCGUGACUAUCCUCAUCAAUGUGGGGACGGAUCUCUACAAUCGAAUUGACUCUGUCAAGCAAGCUGCCGACGACCUUCUGCUGCUCACCGUCCAUCUUCAAGUUCUAUCGAAAGUGUUUAAGGGGUCAGAGAACGACAUUAUCAUGGCCUAUUCGUCGGAGUUUAUGAGAAUGCUAGGUAUCUUGAAAAGUAUUCAAGAGUCAUACAACAAGUGUGCAAAGGUCUUAGGCGUCGAAUCUGCUGGAACGACAACCGCGACUCAGAAGACAGCGAUAAAUGGCAAGAGUUUUGCCAAGCGUGUGGUGAUUUUUACCCGGAUUCCUAGCAUUCUCGCCGAGAUUCGGUAUAAGGCCGAACAACUUCAGAAGAUAUCUAGCAUACUGUCUGUUUCAUUUCUCUCCGACGUCCGAAAGCAUCAGAAAAAGUCGAGUCGGAAGGAACCUCUUAACUCCCCUACCGCGAAAAACACUACUUUGCACGAUAAUUUGCUGAACCUGGACCUCAGCACGGGAUUCGCUAGCAUCGACCGGAUGGUGGAAAACCUCAUGAACGAAUGCAAACACCUUGAGCACCAGCUCCAGGAGACUACUCUGUUUCCCGACACGUCGGCCGUUCAGAUUUAUCAAGCGCAGAACCCUGAAGGAGCAUCGUUUUGGAAGGAUCGAUUCCAGAAAGGCAAACUUUACGCCUCGGCUCUUCGCUAUGAGACAUUUUAUGUUUCUUGGGCACGCUUCGUACAUGAGGUAGAAACGUCCUUCGUUCUCAAAAUGAUACCGACCGGGAUUUUUGAAUCCGAAAACCUAGACCGCGUUCGCCUACAAGGGUCUCGUUAUUCCAUCAAUCAAAGUGGCACACGUCGUCUUUCCACCAUCCGGCCUCUCUGGCUCCCGGCUCUUCGAUCCGCUCUAGAUCCGCUGCACAAGGGCUACGUCAAACCUGACGACUAUUUCAAAUUGAUACACGACUGUUCCUUGUCCGACACACUUAGAAGGCUGGUCCUCGAAAGCGCAGGCUAUGGUACGUUUGUCGAAUGUGAAAGAGCGUCCGGCGAUCUUGCCUUACCGGCAGCAAUCGAGUCUCCUUCUGGCCAUAUCGGGUGGAUAUCUGCUCAAAUUGUGGCCGUUCCGACACCUGAUGAACUUGGAAUCGUCACCGUACAGGAGGUCACGGAAUCAAGCAGCGAUGCCAUCUUUGCACACUUUAAUGGAACGGCCGGAGACGUUCACGUUUACGUUCGUUACCUCGAAACUGGCCAAAUCGAGCGCAAGAGUCUCUCAAAGCAAGUUCGUCCGGUAGGAGGUAUUUCUGUUGGCGCUGCAUUGUCCAUCCGCCAUGAGCUGGACUCAGGCGAACAUGCCUGGAGCUGCGAUCUUCGCAUCACCGAGUUUAAGGCAUUUCAAGGUGGAGAGCCUCUCAAGGCUUCGUCCGACAUUAUGUUAUACGGAAACGACAACUCCGCAAGUUUCACCAUACCGGAGUUUGACUGUACGCUAUUGGGGCCGUCGAAGGUAUUCAUCAACCCGCCGAAAGUUGGUGAGAAAGUUCAGAUCGAGUACGACGGGUUCUGGUACGAUUCAAGAGUCACGGCAGUGGAUGGCGACGAGAUUGAGUUUGUCGAUUGGGAAAAUUUACCGAAAAAAGGCGAAACCAAUAUUACACAAGCUAGACACCUCGGUGAAGCAGAUGAGAAAGAGGACGGCAACUUGUUCUUUCCAGAAGAGCAGUUGAUACAACUCGGGAAGGGCACGCGGCGACUCUGGAGACCGUGGCGGAGAAACACCAACAGGUACGAUGUUCGACCUUAUCGUUGCUUCCAUAUCGGCGACACUACCGAGGCACCGGUCAUGUACCCGGAUUUCCGAUUCCAUUACCAUGUUACCGACAAUUCGCAACUCUACCUUCCUGCUCGAAUCGUUGACGUCCAAGGCGACCAGUAUGUGAUCGAAUUUAGUCCAGCGUUCUCGGUUCAUAGCUGGUGGCCAGGGAGAAUGCCACAGGGCGAACAAAUAGACCUAGUACCGGGAUCAGACAUUAAGAUGGAAAAUCCGUUCGACUUCAAUCGCGUGACGGUUGCCAUGGAUCGGGUACGUCCUUUCAUUGCGGGUCCACGACCAGUUUUGGGUGUACAGUCCGCGAUGCCGUCUGGGUGGAGUUCGUUUCAGGGUAUUCAUCUCUGCGACCUCGAGGAUCUUCUGGAGGGAAGUCUCUGGAACAAUGAUCUCGAUAAUGAGCGAGUGGGUGGCUAG